AUGACUACCAAACCCACGAAUACUAAACCCACGACUACUAAACCCACGACUACUAAACCCACGACUACCAAAUCCACGACUACCAAAUCCACGACUACCAAAUCCACGACUACCAAAUCCACGACUAAUGCUAAAACAUCAUCUACUACCUCUAAAACUUCUCUUCUUCCUACAGAAGGUAAUGGUCAAAUUAAUAAUUUAUUCAAACCUUUUGUGCCAUUACCGAUUACUCCACAACCUGUUACUCGCUACUAUGAACUUCGGUUGGUAAAGACAACUUUAUCGCCUGAUGGCUUUAGUCGAACUGUCUUGACAGUUAAUGGUCAAUUCCCUGCUCCAAUAUUGAGAGCUAAUGAAGGGGAUAGAAUUAUUGUGAAGGUUAUCAAUGCUUUAGGAAGACCAUCAGGAAUUCAUUGGCAUGGAUUAUUUCAAAAUGGAACAACUUGGUAUGAUGGAGCAACCGGAAUUAGUCAAUGCCCAAUACCUGACGGAUCUUCUUUUGUCUACAAUUUUACCGUAAACCAAUCUGGAACAUAUUGGUAUCAUGCUCAUUAUGUUGUUCAAUAUGUAGAUGGAUUAUUUGGACCACUCAUAAUUCAUGAUCCAAAAGAUCCUUAUAAAAAUGAAUAUGAUUUUGAAUAUGUGGUAACCAUGAAUGAUUGGCAUCAUUUAACUACCGAUAUAUUGUUGGCAGUGAAAAAAGAACCAGGAUAUAAAGGACAAACCCCAGUUCCAGAUGCAGCAUUAAUUUCUGGUUUGGGAAGAUACAAUUGUACGGCGGCACCUCAAGGAUCAAUAUGCAUACCAAAUGCACCAUUGGCUACUUAUAGUGUACAAAAAGGAAAGAAAUAUAGAUUUCGACUAAUCAACACUAGUUCAAAUGCUUUCUUCAUAUUCUCUAUUGAUAAUCAUCCACUUAAAAUCAUUGAAGUAGAAGGAACACCAAUUCAACCUGUUACCGUAAAUCUCCUUCCGAUCAAUAUUGCACAACGUUAUUCAGUAAUAGUUGAAGCAAAUAAACCAAUUGGAAAUUAUUUCAUUCGAGCAACACUUGCCAAAGAAUGUAUGGAUACUAAUCCAUUCACCUUUAAUGUUAACUCAUCUAUUAAUUAUAAUGCCACUGGAAUAUUAAAAUAUCAAGGAUCUGAUAAUAGUUCACCAAACACCCAACCAUUCAAAGAUAUUAUUGAUCCGCAAUGUUUGGAUAUUGAUGCUAAAUUAUUAAAACCAUUAAAAAUAUCUCCAGCACCCAUCGGAGUUACUGACACAUUCGUAAUGGUAGCUACUUUAUUUUCUACUGCGGAAAGAGUUACCUUUGGAGCAAUUGAUGAUUCUAGUUUUAAACCUAAUUUCAAAAGUCCGACAGCUAUAUAUUUGACAGAUGGUAAUGAUAUAGGUGAAUUACCUGCUAAUCAGAAUAUUUAUUCAUAUGAUCAUAAAAAUGGUGUGGUGCAAAUUGAACUGAUUAAUGAUAGUACUUUUCAUCAUCCUUUCCAUUUGCAUGGACACAACUUUUAUCUAAUUGGUACGGGUCAAGGAAGUACCGUUGAUCCUAAUUUAUACGAUUUUGAAACACCACCAAUAAGAGACACUGUUACUGUUCCUAAAUUUGGAUGGGUAGUUAUACGAUUUGUCGCUGACAAUCCUGGAGUUUGGGGAUUCCAUUGUCAUAUUGAAUGGCAUUUAGAAAUGGGCAUGUUAGCUCAACUUGUUGAACUUCCAUCAAUAUUACGUUUACAAAAGGUUCCCGCUGCAGUCAAGAAUUUAUGUUCUCAAUAUAAUUCUUCCAACUCGACAAAUUUUUAA